AUACAAUGUUAUAAGCGUAAAAUUAGUUGAUAUACAUAGACAUGGCUCAAAUUCAUAAGCUUGGAUUUGAAACUGAAAUAAAAUGUAGUGCAGACAAGUACUUCGGCUUGUUCAGUUACAAAAUAACUCAACUACCUAAACUUUUUCCUAAUAUUUACAAAAGCAUUGAAGUCAUCGGAGGAGAUGGAACUAGCGUUGGCUCUACGAGGCUUUGGAAAUUUUUCAAAGACGGGAAGGAAAUGACAGUGAAGAAUAGAGUAACAUCAUUCGACAAGGAAAAAAGGUCAAUCACUGUUGAGGUUUUCGAAGGGGAAGUCAUGAAAAACUAUAAAAGUUUAUCUGCUAAACUUGAUGUGGUUCCAAAGAAGUAUGCUGCUGGGAAUGGGAUCUUGGUAAAAUGGUCUCUGGAGUUUGAGAAGGUUAACGAUGAUAUCCCUAAUCCAACUGCUUAUCUUGAUGCACUACGAGUAACCACCAAGGAAGUGAGUUCUUAGGUCGGCUGCAAACCAUUCGCAUAACCAUUACUAAGAAAACCCAAUUAUGUAGUUUGUCAUUUGUAAUAUAUCCUUAGAAUAAAAGACAACUUAGCUGGUUUAGUAUAUGUAAUUCUGUGACUUUUAGUUCCACUUUCCGUAGCUGCACCGGCAUGGAUGUAUGUUUUUGUCGUGUUUGUGUGUUUAUCAUCUGUAAUAAAAGGAUUGGUUUGAGAAAAAACAAUUUAGUAUGAAAAAUGAAUAAGCGCAA